ACAUCUCUACGGUUGGUGACGCCAAUUCUGAUUCAUCACUGAACAACACUAUAAUUUAAUGGCGGAUUCGCUUGUGUGACGCCGGUUGUGUUAUUUUUGCAAUAAUUUCGGUGUACUUUUGUAAAAAGGUUUUAUAGUUUUGUGUAUUUGUAAAAUAUUUGAGGUCGUGUCGAAAAUGGUAGCGCCGAAGAGAGGUCGUGGGGCAGCUCAGAAAAAGGCAAAAGCUAAUGAAGAAGUGAGCCAACCGGAGCCGGAGCCCACGGAGGCGAUGGAGGCUACGGAAGAGAACAACGGCGACGCGCAGGCCGAGGCGCAGGAGGAGGCUCCGGCCGAAGAGGCCGCGGAUCAGGCGGAAGGAGAGCAAGAGGCACAGAACACUGAAGAAGCCAAACCAGAAGAACCGAAAGAAGAAAAAGUGGAAUCUGGUAAACUGCUUGUUGAAAAUCUCCCAUCAAGUUACCUAUUUGAUUACCAAGAUAAACUGAAAGAACUUUUCUCGAAGCACGGAGAAAUCAACAGCGUAAAACGUGGUCCGAUCAUUGUAACUGAAUUGACCACAACUCCGACAUUAUCGGCUAUAGUCGAAUUCAAAAACAAAGAGUGUCUGGAAAAGGCGCUGACAGAGGACGGUACAGUAUUAGAGGGCAACGCGAUCUCAGUGGUAGUGGAGUCGUCUGCAGAGACGGCUGUACUGGUGGGAGUGCCCUACGAGGCCUCCACCGAGUAUGUGAAGCUGCUGUUUGGGCAGUGCGGGGAGAUUGCACACAUACACGAGUUCAGCAAGACUAAGUUUAAGAUUUUGCGCGUGACGUUCCACGAGAAGGCAUCAGUGGAGAAGGCGCUGAAGCUGGACCGGGAGCUGCGCCUCAACGGCUUCCUCGUCACCGUCUCCAAGUACCGGGACGAUGACGAGCAGAAGGCACACGCUAACAGCAAUAAGGCGAACAAGCGGCAGCACGGGCAGCAGAGCCGCAACAGCGCGGCGGGGGCGAGCGCCGGCGCCGCCGGGGGCGCGGGGGGCGCCGCCCCGCCGCGCAACAACACCUUCCGCCCGAGGGGCGGCGCGGCUUUCAAUGCGAGGGGCAACUUUAGAGGAGGAGCCCGCGGGCGCGGGUUCGCGGGUCGCGGCGGCGCGUUCCCGCGCGGCGGCUUCGCGCCCGUCAACACCUACCUGCCGCCGCAGGGCUUCAUGGGCCGCCCGGGCGCGUUCAUGAACGACGGUCAGCGGCCGAACAAGCGGCUCCGGCAAAUGUAACAUAGUGCAGUGUGAGGACUCGUGCGUCGGUGUUGUGUGUGUGUGUGAGACUGUAUCGGAUAAAUCUAGCCAAUUGUAUUUACUAAGUACACAGAUAAAUUUAAUUCUAUUGUCUUUUGACAGCUAAUAAAUGAAAUGAUUACUAACA